AUGCACGCUGUUCACUUUCUGACGUAUGUUUUGCCAUGGCCGUUAUUCAGCUGGUCGCCCAUGUCGUUGGAAGCCGUGAUGUCCAAUACCCAGCACUCUGUACAGCGAUCUAUAUACUUCGAGCUCAAUCUCACAGCCAGCCGAGUAGAUGCACUCGGUGCUGGGCUACGAGACGCCAUUCUGGUCAAUAACAACUUCACCGGACCUACUUUACGCCUCAAGCAGGGAGACAAGGUCAAUGUCAUUAUCCGCAACUAUCUACGGGAGGAUACAACAACUCACUUUCAUGGCGUUGACCAACGGAAAACGCCAUGGAGCGAUGGUGUACCAGGGCUUACACAGGGCCAAAUCCACCCUGGCGCGUCUUACCUGUAUCAGUGGACGGCAGAGCAGUCAGGAACCUUUUUCUACCACGCCCAAUCCAAGGGCCAACUCAUGGACGGGCUCUACGGUGCAGUGAUUGUCGAUGCAUCAUCAGAGAUCGAUAGACCUUUCCAUCUCAUCAGCAACGACCCGAAAGUUCUACAGGCCAUGCAAAACGCGGAACUGCGCUUGCAGCCGCUCCUCCUCGCCGAUCGGAGCCAAUACAAAUUCAGGGAUUUUUACCACAUUGAGGAAAUCGCCAAUUUCGACCUUGCCUGCACAGACGGCAUCAUGAUCAAUGGAGUCGGUUCUCAGUACUGUCUGGACUCAAAGUCCCUGGACAGCAUGACGAAUCCCAUCAUUCUCAAGAUGUUGCAAGAUCUUGGAGAGAACUACAUGACGGCAAAAGGUUGCGUACCUCCCAUUCAAGCACUUCGAGGAGACUAUGAUGUAACGUCGUGCACCCCCUUCUAG